UUGCUAGGGUUUCUGAAUCUUCAAUUGAAUUCAUUACUCUCUCUACUUCACCACAAUCCCGUCGGCAAGGAUUUGCUAGCAUCAAGACAAUGGCGGACAAGGCGGUUACUAUUCGAACCAGAAAGUUCAUGACCAACCGCCUCCUAUCCAGGAAGCAAUUUAUUAUCGAUGUUCUUCACCCCGGAAGAGCCAAUGUUUCCAAGGCAGAGCUGAAGGACAAGUUAGCUAAUUUGUAUGAGGUGAAGGAUCCCAAUGCAAUUUUUGUAUUUAAGUUCAGGACUCACUUUGGUGGUGGAAAGUCCACUGGAUUUGGAUUGAUUUAUGAUUCCGUUGAGAAUGCAAAGAAAUUCGAGCCCAAGUACAGGCUUAUCAGGAAUGGACUUGAUACUAAGGUUGAGAAGUCCAGGAAACAAAUGAAGGAGAGAAAGAACAGGUCCAAGAAGAUUCGUGGAGUAAAGAAGACAAAGGCUGGUGAUGCUGCCAAGGCAGGAAAGAAGAAAUGAUUUGAAGCAAUUUGUUGUCAUCUUUACAUACUCGUAUUCAUAUGCCCCAGUGGGGGAUUCCCUUAAUAGUUCAGUAGAGUAUUUAGGAAAUUUUGAAUGAAAUCUUUUGUUGCUCUGUGUGGAUGUUGGUGCAACCUUUUUUUGUCCUAAAUUUUAUUUUGCAAAGGAUCAAAUUUGAAUUUAAA